CAACAGUUCAAGACAGACCAGCAAAGGGAGGAGAGAAUCGAGACAGCAAAUUACAGAAUAAGGGACAGCUAUAUCAUUUUAGUUAAUCGCUCUCUCUUUUGGCUAGAGGACCACCCUCCUCUAACAAAACCACAGCAACCAUGGAGAGCCCCCAUGAACACCAGCAGAGCCUUCUCCUCUCUCGCAUCAUCACCAAUGUUGAGAAACUCAACGAAGCGAUCAUGGUAUUGAAUAAGAACCUUCAGGAGGUCAACGUGCAAAACAUGAACGUCGAGCUAGUUGCGCAGAUGUUUAAGAAUUAUCAGUCCAAUGUGCUUUUCCAUCUCGAAGCCACGGAAGAGUUAAGGAACUUGCGGGCUGCUUAGUUGGAUGGGCAGUAUGAGUUUCUUUCAUAUUCUUCUGGUUUGGCUAUUUAUGGUGUAUUACUUCUGAAUGAAUUGAUGGGCAUCUAGAAAUGCGGUAAUGAUUCAGGGAGAGAGGGAUUUUUUUUUUUUUUUU